AUGCAGGCCCCGCCGCCGCCCUCCUCCAUCGACCUGCCGCUGGCGGCGCCGCCGCCGCCGGUGAAGGCGCCGACGCCGCGGCCCCCGGCGCCGGCCUCGCUGCAGCCGGAGUCCCCUGGCGUCUUCUUCUCCGCCGCCGCCGCCGCCGCGCCCUUGGGCACCUCGCACCGCCGCAUCGCCAUCGCCGUCGACCUCUCCGACGAGUCCGCCAUCGCCGUGCGCUGGGCCGUCGCCAACUACCUCCGCCCCGGGGACGCCGUCAUCCUGCUCCACGUGCGCCCCACCUCCGUGCUCUACGGCGCCGACUGGGGCGCCGUCGACGUCUCCCUCCCCAACCCUAGCAACGCCGCCUCCGCCGAGUACGACGACGACGAGGCCGCCGCCGCGCGCAGGAUGGAGGACGACUACGACGCCUUCACGGCGUCCAAGGCCGACGACUUCGCCAGGCCGCUCAAGGACGCGGGAAUCCCCUACAAGAUCCACAUCGUCAGGGACCACGACAUGAAGGAGCGCCUCUGCCUCGAGGUCGAGCGCCUCUCGCUCAGCGCCGUCAUCAUGGGGAGCAAGGGCUUCGGCGCCGCGCGGAGGACCAGCAAGGGCAGGCUCGGCAGCGUCAGCGACUACUGCGUCCACCACUGUGUCUGCCCCGUUGUAGUCGUGCGUUUCCCUGAUGACGGCUCCGCUGAGGCUGGGGAGGCCGGCGGUUUGUCUGCCGCGGUUGGUGCCGAGGAUGUGCUGCACCCUGUGCCGGAGGAGGAGACCGAGUACCAUGACGCCGCUGAGGAGCACAAGGGUAACUGA